AGAAGAAACUUUCCUUGGAAACCCACCUAGAGUUGGAGAAGAAAAUCCCUUUUAUAGCCUUUCGGUGCUUAAUUUCAACUACUUCGAAUUUCCUUUUUCUGUUAUCUUCCUAAAAUGGAAUCUUUCUCAUCCUCAAUCUUCACACCAUACUUCAUUCUUCCCAUUUUUGUUGCCUCUUGCUCUCUCCUUACUCCAAAAUAAAGCUAAUCUUAAACCUAAACCUGCAGCCAUUUCUGACUCUUCCCUUGGCCACCCUCUUUGUUUUUUUUUUUUUUUUAAUUUUUUUUCCAGGCUUCUGGCUUUUUUGCUAUGGCUAUAGAUGUCUGCUCGGAGAAUUCUGGUCCUCGAAUCUCAUUUUCACAUGAUCUAAACCAGAAGGAUCCUGGAGUGCCACAGUUUGAAAGAAGAUUGGAUUCAUCUCUUCUUGAUUCGAGUUCCGAUUUCGAGUUCUGCAUUGGCAAUAGUAUUUAUUUCCAGGAGCUUUCUUCAGCUGAUGAGCUUUUCUCCAAUGGAAAGAUUCUUCCUGUUGAAAUCAAGAAGAAGAAACAAGUCGGCCAUCAACCAGCACAACCUCCACCAUCGUCUUCACCUUCUCCUCAUCCAAACCAAAUAUUGGCAGCAAAGAAGAGAUUAAAAGAGUACUUAUCAACGAGUCUCGAUGAUGCCAAUGGUGAUGAAGAAGAAUACGACGACAAGCCUGUGUAUAAAUCUUUCUGGCAAUUCAAACGAAGUAGCAGUCUCAACUUCGAUAGCACUCGAAGCAAGAGUUUAAUCAACUCUUUACACUUCCUUUCACGAAGUAAUUCCACUGGUUCAGCCCUUUCAAAGGAAUCCCAGAGGCAGAAUUUACAAAGGCAACCAUCUGGUUCCAGAAAAUCAAAAGUUUCAAGAUCUGCUGGUUCUUACUAUUCUUAUUUCAACAACACUACUCGUUCUUCCUCAACCCAGAAGCCUCCUUUGAAGAAGAACUGUGGAUCUUAUAAUAAUAAUAAUGGCAACAAUAAUGGUGUCAGAAUCAGUCCGGUCUUAAACAUCCCUCCUCCUCACAUUUCAUAUGCCACUGUAAAUCUCUUUGGCCUUGGUUCACUCUUCUGUAAUGGCAAGAUUAAAAGGAAGAAGAGAUAGAUCGAUUCUUUUUUCCAUUAUUUUCCAAAGCUUUCAUUAUGACUCCAGUUUUCUUUUCAAGUACAGAUGGAUUUGGUUGUCACAUGUGAUAAUUUUAUGUAAAUUAAUAAAAGAAAGUUUAUACA